AUGGGCUUUGUUGAGGAAAUCAACCCGAGAACUUACAACCCUCAUCUUUAUUUUAGCAGCCUUAACUCUCUCACUCCGUCUUACAGAAACCGGAUUUCUAAGUCAUCCUCAAGCAAUUCCCACAGGUCAAAUAAAAGGGUCAACUAUUCAUUGGCGGACUUGGAAAAUAAGAUAUACAAUCAGAAUAAACAAUCAGAUAGCAAUAUAAGUGCAGAGAAUGAUAGAAGCUCAGGAGGAUUGGACCGCUACUCGCAGCAUGAAUUACUAAAGUCAAAUAAGAGAUUUAUGGAGCUUGAUACAGAAAACUUUGCAGAAAUAAGGGAUGUGUCAUACCUCAUGAGCAUUAUCACAGGUAUAAACAAGGAUCGUAUUGAUCAGGCAAACACCGAAAUUUCAACAGGUUCAGUACUGCCACAGAAUGCUUCAGUAAACAGAGCCAGAAACAAAUUUGAAUUGCCAAAAAACAUACAGUUGAUGUACCAUUGCACAAAACCUCCCGUACCGAAGAGAAAGAAUACAAACCGAAUUGUAGCAUUGAAGAAAACACUGUCUUCUAGAAGGCCCUUAAGCAGCUAUUUGGAUACAUUGGACCAGGUAAACAAGAGCAUCAUAUACAACAAUGUCUACAAUAAAAAAAUUUCCAAGGUUUUACCUGUGAUAACCGUAUGCUCGAUAUGCGGUGGAUAUAAGAGCAUUUCGAGUUGCGUCAAAUGCAUGAACAAAUUAUGCAGUCUGAGAUGCUACAAUUUACACAACGAAACAAGAUGCUCUCAAUAA